UCCAACGGUCGAGAGGAGAAACGAGGGUUUUAGUUUUAGGGCUCGUGGCGCUGGCAGGAAUCCAUCGCGCGACGAUGGAAGCGCUGGCCUAGUCUGUAGCUCGCGCUCCUGCCGGCGAUCGAUUCAGGGCAUUCGGGGCAUUCUUUUCGAUUCUAGAUAGCAUUGAGCGAGAUAUGGAUCAGGGAGUGACGAGCACGCCACCGUCUCCAUCGACCGCUGCGGCGGCGCCUCCGCUGGGCCAGAAUGUCAUUCCACUCGUGAACAAGCUCCAGGAUAUUUUCUCGCAAUUAGGUAGCGCAUCGACAAUCGAUCUUCCUCAGGUAGCCGUGGUUGGGAGCCAGAGCAGCGGCAAAUCCAGCGUUCUCGAGGCUCUUGUCGGUCGGGAUUUCUUGCCCCGGGGCUGUGAUAUUUGCACUCGCCGCCCGCUGGUGUUGCAGCUCGUCCAGACCACCAGGCGUGGCGAUGAGGUUGUGGAAUGGGGAGAAUUUCUUCAUCUGCCAAACAGGCGCUUCACGGAUUUUACCGCAAUCCGGAAGGAAAUCCAGGCUGAGACUGAUCGGGAGCUGGGAUCCAACAAGGGAAUCUCAGAUAAGCAGAUAAGGCUGAAAAUUUUCUCGCCAAAGGUUCUCAAUAUCACUUUGGUCGAUCUGCCCGGCAUCACCAAGGUCCCUGUCGGAGAUCAACCCACGGACAUUGAAGCUCGAAUAAGAACCAUGAUCCUGUCUUACAUCAAGCAUGAGACGUGCAUAAUUCUAGCGGUUUCUCCUGCCAAUGCCGACCUGGCCAAUUCAGAUGCGCUCCAAAUGGCACGCAUUGCGGAUCCCGAUGGCUCUCGGACCAUUGGAGUCAUCACUAAGCUUGAUAUCAUGGACAGAGGCACUGAUGCUCGCAACUUCCUUCUUGGGAGUGUUAUUCCCUUACGCCUUGGUUACAUUGGUGUCGUUAAUCGUAGUCAAGAGGAUAUCACGUCCAAUAGAAGCAUACAGGACGCGCUUAUGUACGAAGAGCAGUUCUUUCGCAGUCGACCGGUAUAUCAUAGCCUCUCGGAUCGUUGCGGGAUUCCACAACUAGCAAAGAAACUUAAUCAGAUCCUAGUUCAACACAUCCGAACCAUUCUACCCGACCUCAAGGCUCGAAUAAACACACAGAUGGUUACACUUCAAAAAGAACUUGCAACGUACGGGGAGCUAACCGAAUCGAAGAAUGGCCAGGGGGUGCUGUUGUUGGGUAUCAUCACGAAGUACUCUCAAAGUUUUUCAUCAGUUGUGGAUGGCAAAAACGAAGAGAUGUCAACUGUUGAACUAUCUGGGGGAGCUCGUAUUCACUACAUAUUCCAAUCAAUUUUCGUCAAAAGCUUAGACGAGGUUGAUCCAUGUGACGAUCUGACUGAUGAAGAUAUCCGAACAGCCAUUCAAAAUGCCACUGGUCCAAAAAAUGUUCUGUUUGUGCCCGAGGUUCCUUUUGAGGUACUCGUUCGUCGGCAGAUAGCUCGCUUGCUAGAACCAAGUUUGCAGUGUGCCAGAUUUAUCUACGACGAGCUUGUUAAGAUAUCUCAUCGCUGUGAAAGUUCGGAGCUGCAACGCUUUCCCGUUCUAAGACGCAAUAUCGAAGAGGUUAUUGCAAGCUUUUUGCGGGAGGGACUUUCUCCUGCCGAGACUAUGAUCGGUCAUCUAAUUGAAAUGGAGAUGGAUUACAUCAAUACUUCGCACCCGGGAUUCAUUGGAGGAAGCAAGGCCGUAGAACUCGCGUUGCAGCAACAACGUGGAUCUGUGUUAACGGCUUCCAAUAUCAAAUCCAAGGACGUCGUGGUUGAGCUGGCGGAGAAGGGGGACAAAGGCGGCAAGGCUCGAGCAAUCCUGGCAAGAAACAAUCAAUCUUCUCUUUUGGAUCAUGUUUCUAAACCAGCUAAUCAACACGAGAAGCCACAUCAUACGGAAGAAACAGGUAUUCCGAGUGGUACAAGCUGGGGUAUAUCCUCAAUUUUUGGCGAUUCGCGUCCUAAUGGCAAAGACGCGAAUGUCACCCGAGUGUUCAAUGAACCGAUCCAAAGCCCGGAGCCUACUUACACCAGCAUUCGGCUGAGAGAGCCACCGCUGGUGUUGAGAGCUAGUGAUGCGCAAACAGAGCAGGAAUCAACUGAAAUAGUUGUGACGCGUUUACUACUCAAGUCCUACUACGACAUUGUGAGAAAGAACAUACAAGAUUCCGUGCCAAAGGCGAUCAUGCACUUCUUGGUUAACCACGCCAAACGUGAGCUCCACAAUGUCUUCAUAAGAAAGCUGUACAGGGAGGCGAUGUUUGAAGAGCUUCUACAAGAAAGGGAGGAGAUAGCGAUAAAGCGAAAGCGCUGCAAGGAGGUCCUGAAAGUUCUCCAGCAAGCUGCAUGGACGAUCGAGGAACUUCCUCUAGAGUAUGAGUUUCCCAGUCGGGCAACUUUAUCUGCCAGUGACGCCACCGGUUUGCCUUCGAGACUAGGAGGAGUGCCCGCGGUAAGCAAUGAGUUUUACAGCAUGGGAUCACCCAAGGCUAGCAAACCAAGGAAGUCAUCUUCUUUGGAUUCCAGUGGAUUGCCAAAUAGCAACCUGGGAAAUGGUUCCAUUUAUCCCACAAUCAAGGGAUAGGAGCCGAGCCAGGAGGUGCGUAUUCUUCUAUCAAAGAGGUGUACAGGAGGAUAACUGUUUUGAGCUUAGCAAUAACAAUCAGACUUGACGAA